CAGCUCCUCCUCUGUCCCCGGCCCUCAGCUCUGCUCCCGGCCGCUGCUCGCCGCUCAGCCCGGACCCUCAGCACCAUGAAGCUUCGGUAUGUUUUCCUGUUUCUCUGCAGCAUUUUCCCGCUGUGCUCCUCGGAAACAGACCAGGGCAGCCGCUUCGUCCUGGAGCCGUAUGACUUCCUUUUCGACACGGCGGUGGAAGCCUACUAUAAGGGGGACUGGCUCACUGUGAUCCUCAACAUGGAGAAGGCGCUCCGGAACAAAGCCACAGUCCGCAAUGUGAAGGCUCAGUGUCGGCUCGGCUGCGCCAACCAGACCGCCUUCGGUGAGCGGCGGUCCGGCCUGGGGGCUUCUAUCCCGGGGACCGGCUCUGUGGAGGACCUGGGCUUCUUCCAGAGAAUCCUGAAACGGGCGGACUGUGUCAACUCCUGCGAGACGGAGAAGCUGGGCUCUCCGACUCUGCACCAAGUCAGUGAAGAAGUGGAGCUGGAGUUCACAAAGAGGACUCCCUACAACUACCUGCAAGUGGCUUAUUUCAAGAUCAAUAAGCUGGACAAGGCUGUGGCAGCUGCCAACACAUUCUUCCUGGCCAACCCGGACCACAUGGAGAUGAGACAGAACCUGGACUACUACAGGAUGAUGGCAGGAGUACAGCCGGAGGACUUCAAAGAUUUGGAGGCCAGGCCACAUAUGGCUGACUUCCUGCUGGGGAAGAGUUACUACAGCGACGACUCUUUCGGGCUGGCGGCUGAUCACUUUGAAUUGGCCGUGGAUGAGUACUUAACUGCUGAUAAGGAGUGUCGAGCACUGUGUGAGGGAGCCUACAACUACGACGGCUACAACUACAUGGAGUACAGUGCCGACCUGUUCCAGACCAUGACAGACCACUACAUGCAGGUACUGAACUGUAAGCAGCACUGCGCAGUAGAGUUGGCCUCGACUGCUGGUAAAAACAAGCCCUUUGAGGACUUCCUCCCCUCACAUUUCAACUACCUGCAGUUCUCCUACUACAAUAGUGAGAAGUAUGAAAAGGCCAUAGAGUGUGCUAAGACCUUCCUGUUGUUCCACCCUGAAGAUGAGGUGAUGAACCAGAACCUGGCUUAUUAUUCUGCCGUGCUUGGUGAAGACAAGGCAGAGACUAUAUCAGCGAGACAGGGGGUGAAACAGUACAUCCAGCAGUCCUUACUGGAGAAAGAGCUGCUCUACUUUGGAUAUGAAGCCUUUGGAAUCACCUUUGUAGACCCAGACACAUGGACUCCUGAAGACAUCAUGCCCAAGAAACUGAAAGACAAACAGAAAGCUGACAGAGAGACUGCAGCCAGGAUCACAGAGGAAAUAGGAAACCUAAUGAAGGAGAUAGAGACUCUGGUUGAGGAGAAGAAGAAGGACUCUUCCGAUCUAGCCAUGAUGAUAGCGCCGCAGGAAGGUGGUGCUCUGUUGUAUGAUGACAUCAAGGUGACCAUGACGUCCAAGCAACUGAACGGCUCGCAGCGGGUGCUGCUGGACGGGGUGAUCAGUGAUGACGAGUGCAGGGAGCUGCACCGCCUCUCCAAUGCUGCGGCUCAGAAAGGUGACGGCUACAGAGGGCGCCCCUCCCCCCACUCCCCCAGUGAGACGUUCCAGGGAGUCACUGUCCUGAAGGCUAUCAAGCUCGGACAGGAGGGGACGGUUCCUCUGAAGAGCGCUCGUCUCUUCUUCAACCUCAGCGAGAAGGUGAAGAAGGUUCUGGAGUCGUACUUCCGCCUGGAUUCUCCGCUCUACUUCUCCUACUCCCACCUAGUGUGUCGCUCCGCCAUCGAUGAGAAGCAGGAGGACCGUGAGGACCUGAGUCACCCUGUUCAUGUGGACAACUGUCUGCUGGUCUCUGAGCUUAACGAGUGCAUAAAGGACCCUCCUGCAUACACACACAGAGACUACAGUGCCAUCCUUUAUCUAAACGAUGACUUUGAGGGAGGAGAUUUCAUUUUCACUGAGCUGGAUGCUAAAACUGUCACGGCCGAGGUGCAUCCACGGUGCGGCCGUGUGGUCGGGUUCGGAGCGGGGAAAGAAAACCCCCAUGGUGUCAGAGCUGUCUCCAAGGGUCAGAGGUGUGCUGUGGCGCUUUGGUUCACCCUGGAUCCUGCUCACGAGGAAAAGGAGAGAAUCCAAGCUCAGGAAAUGCUCAAGAUGUUUUCUACCCCUGUGGAUGCAGAGUUUAUCAAAAAGGAGGUGAGUGACUCCUCCGAGCCUCCAGUGACAACAGCAGAAGCUCCUGCACAGGCUGAUCCCCAAAAAACAGAUGAGAAACCAGCUGAUACACAGGCUGACAAACCAGCCGAGCCACCAAAGGACAAAGCAGAGGCAAAACCAGUCAGCAAAACAACGACAGGCACUAAAGCCAAAGCUUCUCCCAAAUCAAAAGACAAAGCUGGAGACCAAGCAAAGACAAAGACAGCUGACAAAGUCAAAGCUGACGUUAAGAAAGAUGGAAAACAGACGGGUAAAACACAAACCAAGCAGGGGGUCAAAAAGGACGCAAAACCAGCUGCAAAAAAGACAGUUAAAGUUGUUGCCAAGAAGGACUCCAAAGCAGCUCCAGCUGACUCCACGUUGGCCUCGGACUCUCAGAACCGCAAGGAAGAGCUGUGAUCAGCCAGCUCCUGGGACUGUGUCUGCGUGCUGUCUAUUUUUUAUUUUCUACAAGGUCCUCUCUGUGUGUGGUUGAGUGAAAGGUUGAAAUCACUGCUUGAGUUUGUGACAAUCAAAGUGACAAUCUGCUAGAAUGCCCAAAUCCAGCUUUGUUUGACAUCUAAAGCUUUGUAUCUGUGUAGGUGGUGCCUGUUUUCAUCUCACUUUGAAUUCUCUUUAUCUUCUUUUAUUUGUGAUGUCAUGUGGUGAAGCCAAGCACAGCGGGGUGAGCAAGUGCCCAAACUUCCUGUUGAAAAAACCUCAAAUCAGCUGUGUGAAUUAUUGAAAUAAAAGUGUCCUUUGUAAA